CACCGUCUCACCGUCUCACCGUCUCACUCCCUGGUCGGUGCCUUGGCCGGACCGGAUGGAAAAGGCUGAGGCUUAGCUGGCCAUGUGGUGGAAGGAAAGUCCUUGGCCGAUAUAUAAUCAUAGAAACAUAGAAUCGUCUCUACAUGUAAUCAGACGGAUCAGCAAGAAUGAAAGCUUCAGCGAUGGUGUCACAACUCCUCUUUCUCGUGCUCAUCCUUACCAACCUGAGUUCCGCCGGGGACAGAACCUGGUCGUGGACUGUCCUGAAUGCCACGCUGCAAGGUCGAUUGCAUGCAGCCAGCCCGCUGGCACAACCCUGCUUUAGCCACUACGAUGGUCGACCGGUCUCUCCCCAGCCCAGCCAAUGUUCGGAGCUGCAGGCCCAGUACACUACUGCCGCCUAUCGCGCUGACUUGUACAACGGUUUCAUGCACGCCCAGAAUGAGAUUUGCGCUGCCUCUUCCAAUCCCAUCACCAGCCAAUGCCUCUUGGAUCCCUCCAACCCGACCGACCUGGCUGCAGUAUUGUCGCACAGCUGUGGCCAAGGCAGCGUGUCCAGGUACUACAUCCCCGUCCACGAGGCUGCCGAUGUCCAGACGGCUUUUGAAUUUGCCCGCCACACCGGGGUAGCUCUCAGUGUCAAGAACAGCGGCCAUGAUUUCAGCAGUCGGAGUAGUCUACAUGGAUCCCUCGCUCUCUGGACCCGCCCUCUGCAGAAUCUGGCCUUCCACCCCGAGUUCAUUCCCGAGGGAUGUCCCAUCGCUCCAUCUGCCAGCCACCCAGCCAUCACACUAGGUGCCGGGGUCAAUUUCGAUCAGGUAUACCGGUUUGCGCACCAGAACAACGUGACUUUCAUUGGCGGCACUGCUCCAACCGUGGGCGCUUCGGGAGGAUUAGCAAUGACCGGGGGGCACGGACUGCUCUCGGCGCAGUUCGGACUGGGGAUCGAUCGCAUUCUCGAAUACCAGAUCGUGACCCCGGACGGACAGGUGCGUCGGGCCAACGCGUGUCAAAACACGGACCUCUUCUGGGCCCUCCGCGGGGGCGGCGGGGGUACGUACGGGGUGGUGUUGGAAUCUACCAGCAGCGUGGAACCGCGCCUCCCCUUGGUGUUCGCCUAUCUCACCGUGCCCGCGAAUGUCACGCAUCCGGAUGCCUUUGCGCAGCUGUUGAUGGAGCAUGCCGUGCGGUGGUCGCAGCAAGGCUGGGGCGGACCCAACAGCAUGAACUCUCUCGUCAUGGCCAACCCGUUCCUGAAUCUGGCGGCUGCCCGGGCCUCCCUGGCAGAGGCUAUCGACUAUGUGAAGGCCCAGCCCGGCGGGACGGUGGUGUUCGAAUCGUAUCCGGAUUUCUUCCCCGUGUACGAGGCCUAUAUGCUCCCCACCGCCAACGCAGGGGUCGGGCAGGCGAGGUUCGCCACGAACCGUCUGAUCCCGACGGCCAUGCUGCAGAAUGCCACGGGUCGGGCACGCAUCCUCGACACGUUGAACCAGCUGGUGGCCGAGGGUUAUAAGCCCACCCUGUUCGCCACGCCGCCCUCGGACAUCCACUCGCCCUAUACUGACCCCGGAUCGACCUCGGCCACUCCGGCCUGGAGAAACAGCACCUGGAUGAUCACGACGGAGGCCCAGUGGCCGUGGAAUAGCACGCUGACCCAGAGACGGGCCUUUGUUCGGCGACUCAAGGCCGUCACCCGGGCCUUAGAAAGGCUGGCCCCAGACAGUGGCUCCUACAUCAGUGAGGCCGAUCCCUUCACGGACAACUGGAAAACAUCCUGGUGGGGCGAGAAUUAUGCAGAGCUCCUGCGGAUCAAACAGAAAUACGAUCCCGAUGGAUUGCUGCGUUGUUGGCGGUGUGUGGGAUGGGACGAACAAUGGGAACAACCGGGAGGGCGGUUUGAUUGCCUGGGGGGACUCCUAACUAACUAAGUACCAAUAAG